AUGCCUCUCUCCGCCCUCGCCGCCGAGCUCCUCCUUCUAGUCGCCGACGAGCUCUCCCUCCACGACGUCUCUUCCCUCCUCCGCACAAACCGCCCCCUCAACGCCCUCCUCACCCCGCACCUCUACACCCGCGCCAAAACCCUCAUACUCCCCCCCCGCGAUGACCUCCAAAACCCCGAACCCCUUCUCAACAACCUCGCCCGCCUCGGCCGCAUCCGCUCCGUCACACACCUCCUCAAUGCCGGCGCAUCGUACACCUCCGGCGCCCCGCCCGCCCUCUACACUGCCGCGGAACACGGCCAGGAGGAGAUAGUGAGCCUCAUGAUCGCGUACCACACGGCAAGAACCGAGGGCGUAGCUGUCCACGUUGCAUGCCAGACACACAACUAUGGCCGCAGCGCGCUGCACACGGCCGCGGAGAACGGCCACGACGCGACAGUCCGCGUGCUGCUCGAGGCGGGCUUCAGCGAGAUGCAGCAGGCACAGGAUGGGGCGACGCCGCUGGUGCUGGCUGUCAGGAAUGCUCACGUGCAGGUUGUGCGGACGCUGCUUGAGUAUGGAGCAUCGCCGAAUGUGGUUGUGGGCGGGAUGGCGGUUGCCGCCGCGAGGAAGAAGCCAUUGAUCCACUGGGUUGUGGAGAACGCGUUUGCCGUGAGGGUCCUGCGGGGGCUUGAUUUCCUGCCCGUGCUGCGCCUGCUACUCGACUACGGUGCCGACGUUCUCUCGCGUGACGGGUACCGCGCUACGCCGCUUCACAGCGCCGCCAAGAGCGGGGAGGGUGUUUCGGCCGGGCUGUUUUUGCGGUCAUUGGGAGAGGGGAUGAAGGCGGGUGGGAAGCUGGUGCAUUCUCAGAUAGUGGCCCUGCUGAUUGAGAGGGGUGCGGACUGCAAUGCGAGGGAUCAGGGGGGGAGGACGCCGCUGCACAACGCGGCGGAAUUUCAGGAUGUGGGGGUGGUGAGGAUGUUGUUGGAGGCGGGUGCGGAGAGGGAAGCGGUGAAUGGUUCGGGAAAGACGCCGGUAUGGUUGGCGAGUGCGAAUGGCUGGCCGAGAAGUUCGGGGGAGAUUGUGAAGUUGUUGGAGGAUUGGUCGAUUGGGCCUGGCGAGUGUUAG